GUACACGGAAGUUAUCCAGGAUCCUGCAUACUCGAGAUUUUUUCCUUCUGUAGACUUUCUCGGUAUAAUUUACUGUUUCCUCUGGCGGUUAGUUUGACCAUGAUGGGGCAGUCUGUGCGGCAGCCCUGAGGAGAUGAUGUGCAGUUAUCAGCAGACGGUUGAUCGGGUGAAUGGACGCGAGGACUUGAAGUGCUGCUGUUUUGACAGCUGGGUCGAGCUUCCAGUACCUGGUCUGUCUGCCUGACAGAGAACAGACCAGAGCCGAGGUUUAAACCCCAAAGAAGGGUUUAUUUUAUGUAGAGACAAAUUUCCCUGUCAGUGAAGUUGCUUUUAAAGCGCCAUUGAAGGAAAGGCUGAAAGGUGACUUCUCUUCUCAUCGUAGCUCUCCUCCCCCCUGACCAGUGGUCAUGGCCUCAUCCCGGCUGAAGUACCUCUCUCUGGGCGUGCUGGUGUUCCAGACCACCUCCCUGGUGCUCACUAUGCGAUACUCCCGCACCCUGCAGGCCGAGGGCCCGCGGUACCUGGCCUCCUCAGCUGUGGUGGUGGCCGAGGUCAUGAAGAUCCUCACCUGUGUGCUGCUCGUCUUCAAGGAGCACAGUUAUAGCCUUCGAGCUCUGAACAGCAUACUGCGUCAGGAAAUUGUCCACAAACCCAUAGAAACACUGAAACUGGCGAUCCCCUCUGGGAUCUACACGCUGCAGAAUAACCUGCUGUACGUCGCCUUAUCCAACCUGGACGCAGCCACCUACCAGGUGACGUACCAGCUGAAGAUCCUGACCACAGCUCUGUUCUCAGUGUCCAUGCUGGGCCGCAGGCUGGGCGUCUACCAGUGGCUCUCAUUGCUUAUUCUUAUGGCUGGAGUGGCUCUCGUGCAGUGGCCCUCUGAGUCUGCAGCGGCCCCAGAGAAGGAGGCCCUCUCCGCAGGCUCCCAGUUUGUCGGUGUGACGGCGGUUCUAGUGGCGUGCUGCUCCAGCGGGUUCGCUGGUGUCUACUUUGAGAAGAUCCUAAAGGAAAGCAAACAGAGCGUCUGGGUCCGCAACAUCCAGCUAGGGAUGUUUGGCCUGGUGUUUGGCUUCUUUGGGAUGCUGGCCUACGAUGGAGAGAGGGUGGCGGAGUCGGGAAUGUUUCAGGGAUACAGCACGGUCACCUGGACUGUCGUAGCGCUGCAGGCGCUGGGUGGUCUGGUCAUAGCAGCGGUCAUCAAGUAUGCAGACAACAUCCUCAAGGGCUUUGCUACAUCGCUCUCCAUCAUCCUGUCAACUCUUAUAUCGUACUUCUGGCUACAGGACUUCGACCCCACUGGGGUGUUCUUCCUGGGGGCCAUUUUGGUCAUCGUGGCCACUUUCCUGUACGGCUACGAAGGCAAGACAUCCCCCAACCCCAGCAGGGCGUAGUACACUCACGGCUGACACUACAGCAGCAGUAGGAGGUCCUGUGGAAGCGUCAGGACGUGGAGGAAAAAGAAGGGGAAAGGUCUUUAUCAUAUAUUGAGAUCACUAAGUGGAGGAGACAGAGAAGAGGAGUAGGAGUAGAGGAGGUAAGCAGGUUGGGAACAGAGGACAGGGAGAGUAAAAAGGAAGGUUUAAAAAAAAGAGCAACCACAAUGCUGUGAUGGGUCUCAUACACCAAAAGUGCCUCUGACAAGGGUAACCAGUGAGAGAAGAAAACUGUGGCAAAAUAGAUUUGUAUGUUCCUCUUUUUUUGCCGCUGUAGAGCUAAUCCUGGCAGCCACAGAGAUAUUCUUAACAGGACCGACUGAUUGUCUUGAUUAAAAACCUGUUUGACUGCCAGUUGCUGUUACUGCCCCAUCAAUCACGCCUAUACAGUAACUGACUUCAGAGGCGGACAGGCAGGAGUUUCUCAAGCUUCUUCAAAGCCACUUUUUUCUGAUAAGUGUGAACAAGCCCACACUGUUGGCUUGUUGUUGCUGUAUUUAAGGCUUUGACGGUCUUUCUAGUCCCACUUUGAGCUCUGAAAGCACAUUUUUUUCCCUGAAGUGAGCGUUCCCAGCCACUGUUUGCCCUUAAACUGUGUACAAUACUGCAUGCCCUAACAGUCAAAUGGUCAAGGUUAGCACUGGGGCCAUGGUUUGGGGGGGGGGGGGGGACAACCCAACACACCAAGAGCAGUAACCAUAACUAUUAUUGUUUCCUAAUUUAUGACUGUCAUGUUGCUAAUGCUAAUUUGGGCAACAUAUAGACACCGGGGCGUCUUUGCUAACAUAUACAGUGUGCCUCGGUGACAGAAUUGUUUUACUGUAUGACUCUGGUCUGUCUGUCUGGUGCCGUUUAAUGUUUGACAGUAAUCUGGGUAAAUGAAUAAAAUGCUACAGGAAUAAACUAAUCUCGGCUGUAACAGGGGUUAUUAUUUGAUAAUGAGGUGAAGAUUAUUUUGUUCAAGUGUUAAACUUGGGUAUAACUAAUGGGAGCACCAUUUUAAUUGUCAUCUAUAAAUCUAAAUGAAUUGUCUGUAUAACUUAUUCAUUCAUUAAAUAGGCAUUUAUGUGUCUUUUCAAAGCCACUGAUAAUAAGCAUCCAGCUCCUUAUGUCCUGUGCUCAUGUAACAAUAUAUUCUGUUGAUUUUGUGGCAAAGUAAUCAAACAUUACUGUAUGUGGCCCAGUUAAGAGGGGAUAAAGCGGGUAUAAUUAAUAACUUUGUUAUUUGAAUUACCAAUAUGUGAAUCUUUUAUAAAAGACAAAUGUUUCCUUUAA